AAACGCCGUGUGGUAGAGGCUCUUUCGCCGGAGGAAGGAGUUGCUGAUUCGGAAGAAAUUUCAUUUCCCGGACACGUACACCAGCUGUUGUCGAUACCUUGGUUCGAGCGCGUCUGGGUGGUGCAAGAGGUGGCGGGAAAUGAGAAUGUAUCUGUUCGACACGGCAAAAGUAUGCUGGCCUGGGAAAUAAUCGCCCUCUGUUGUGCGAGUUUCGUCGUGAUCUAUCCAAGCCUUGCCCCCGCUGACAGGCAGCGUUUAGGACUAGAGGACUUCGGAUUCGCACCAUCGCUACGACUGGCAAGAUUUUGGAGCAUGGUCUCAAGCCGCAGACUGCCGAUCAGCGCACUACUCCUCGCUUCAAGUUCCCUCAGAGCUACAGUACCACGGGAUAAAAUCUACGCCAUCUAUCGUCUGGCAGCUGACCUUCCCGAUAUGUCGUUCAAGCCCGAUUAUAUCCGGCCUCUCCAAGAUACAUAUAUGGACUUCACUCAUGGAAUUAUUGCGGCCACUCGACGUCUCGACAUAAUCUCCAUA